UUUUUUUUUUUUUGACAAACAGUCUCAGGAUAUUUCAAACGUUGCAAAAUUCACCCUUUUCCUCACAUGUUUCAACCCGACAUGACACGAGCAUGUUGAAAGAGAAUUCUGGUGAAGAUGGUUACCUUAACAAUUGGAUUCAUUCUUGCGACUCAUGCCAAUCAGCUGCCUGCACACUCUUUUGUCACACCGAUUCGGCUUACCUUUGUGAUGGCUGCGAUAAGCGUAUCCAUGUUGGCAAUCCUUCGGCCUUGUUGCACCACCGUGUGUGGAUUUGCGCAGCCUGCGAGACGGCUCCAGCUGCUGUCACCUGCAGCGCGGACGCAGCAUCUCUUUGCAUCGAUUGUGACAUCCAAAUACACUCGGUGAACGCUUUGGCUCGCCGCCAUACUAGGGUCCCUGUAUCUCCACUGCCGGCUCUAACAUGUUCGUCCUCAAGUGUUCAACAUGAUCAGCUGCCAUGCACGAUGUUCGAAGCCCCUACUGCUGAACCAAGUCAAGAAAUCCACGAAGAUGAAACGGAUUCUUGGUUAUUGCUUGAACUUGAGAACACUGACAACCAGACCAUGAGUGGAUUCACCUAUGGUGAACAACAUGAGGAGUAUGUCGACGUCGUCGAUACAUGUACCCAAUCGUACGACGAACAAUGGUCAAUCGAUCAGCAGCAACUCGUGUGCUUGAAUUAUCCAGAAGAUAGUGGAAACGAUAGUGUUGUUCCAGUUUAAACUACUAAUAAUCAACCAUUGCAGGAACAGAGCAUCCACUUCAAUUCAGACAAUAGGGGAUCAAAACCUGCAUUCACCAAUCUCCCUUCAAGCAGUCUAAGCUUCAUUAAUGGUGGUGGUUGUUGAAAAUGUUGUUGUUGUUGGGGUGAAACAUACUCAGGGAGCUCAACCACACCAAACUAAUGGCAUAUAUCAUAUAUAUGCAAGUCCAUUCCAUUACUCCAAAGCUCUCUGAAGUUUCUCACAAUCCAAACACAGCAUCAGAAUUCAAAGAUCAUUGUAGUUUCCGAAUUACUUUUCUUUCUUUCCCAGAAUUCAACAUUUUCUUUCGUCUUAAGCCUUUUAAAUGUAUUCAUUUAGGUCCCCGUGCCAAUGUUCAUUGCCGGCAUCCCGAACUCAUACACUAGAUUUCCAGCAACAACAACUGAAAUCUUCCCAAAUCCUUUGCUUCUAAUGCCACUGCGAUCGGCGAAUAGGGAAGAAAAGGUUCUAAGAUAUAGAGAGAAGAGGAAGGCAAGAAAAUUUGAGAAUAAAAUCAGGUAUGCAUCAAGGAAAGCUUAUGCAGAGACUAGACCUCGUAUCAAAGGCAGAUUUGCAAGGAAAACAAGUAUGGGGAUUGAUGAUGAUCACAUGUUUUCCAAGGAUGGUUAUGGAUAUGGUGUUGUUCCAUC